AUGACGUCGAUCAAAGAAGACGAAAAGAAAGAAAUACCUGAAAUAAUUCACGAUCCUCAAACAAACAGCACUUAUCAGAGAUUGAGGUUCUUUGGAAAGGGUGGAUUUGCAAAAUGUUACGAGAUCCAGGAUAUCGCCACCAACCAGUCAAUGAUGGAACUACACAAACGUAGAAAAGCUAUCUCGGAACCAGAGACAAGGUUUUACAUGCAUCAGAUUUUACUUGGAGUGCAGUAUCUUCACAGCAAACGCAUUAUUCACCGGGACCUCAAGUUGGGAAAUCUAUUUUUGGAUGAUGAUCUUCAUGUAAAGAUUGGAGAUUUUGGAUUAGCCGCUAGAAUAGAAUUUGAAGGAGAGAGAAAGCAGACUUUAUGUGGUACCCCAAACUACAUUGCACCCGAGAUACUGACAAAAAAGGGCCACUCUUUUGAAGUUGAUAUUUGGAGUUUGGGUUGCAUUAUGUACACGCUUCUUGUGGGCAAGCCACCUUUUGAGACUUCUACACUCAAAGAUACCUAUAAGAGAAUUAAGCAGUGUGAAUACAGUGAGGGGAUAUACCUAGCCCUGCAUGCAUGUUAUGCGGGCCCAUGGCAUUCGUUCCGUACUCGGUACGCUGAGGCGAUAGUCAACAACAAUACACUUAAAGAGCAUUACAGGAUCCCUUCAUCGCUUCGGAAGCCCGCGGCGUCAAUGAUUGUGCUGCAGCUACAGUCGAAUCCCGCCCGAAGGCCGUCAGUAGACAAAUUGCUCCAACACGAGUUCUUCACCUCUGGCAUAAUGCCUGCCGCACUGCCUCUGUCCUGUCUCACGACUGCACCCAGGACCGAUCAGUUGGAAGGAGUCUCUGUACAUCGCCGGCCUCUUAACGAGGUCAACGGCAAUGAUCACAUGGUUAUGGUUGUGGACUCGCCACUGAAACGCAAUGCGAAUGCUGCGGAACCGCGAGCGGUUGAACCGACUUCGCACAGACAGAAUCUCAUCUUACUGCGCGACCAGCUCGCGUCAUUACUGCAUAGUAAACUAAAAUGCCGUCCAGAAUGCUUGACCGAUGAGCUGAGUGAUCCCGCAGCUCAGCCUUUGGUGUGGGUGGGGAAGUGGGUUGACUACAGCGACAAGUAUGGCUUCGGCUACCAGCUGUGUGAUGAGAGUGUUGGAGUCAUGUUCAAUGAUACAACCAAGCUUAUAAUGCUUGCUAACGGACUGAAUGUCCACUAUAUUAAUCGGCAAGGCCAAGAGCAGUACAUGACGAUGCGCGAGUACCCACAAGAGCUUGACAAGAAAAUGAAGCUUCUCACAUACUUCAGAAGAUAUAUGACUGAGCAUCUUAUGAAAGCAGGAGCAUCGGUGCCAGUAAGAGAAAGUGAUGGCCUAUCGCGAUUACCACAUCUUCAUCAGUGGUUCCGUACCACAUUAGCUGUAAUUAUGUAUCUUACCAAUGGAACUCUACAGAUAAACUUCCAAGAUCAUACUAAGAUCAUUUUGUGCCCACUUAUGCAAGCCGUCACCUACAUCGACAUCGAAAAGAACUUCCGGACAUUCCGCUUCAGUACAAUUGAAGAGCACGGGUGCGACAAAAAGCUUUACGCCAACCUGACCUACGCGCUGGAGAAACUCAACAGUGUGCUGGCAAACAAACUUUGCUAG